AUGGAAGACCCUCUCGUUCAAGCGCUGCCUCCAGCGACAGAUUAUCUGACUUAUCUGACUUUGCUCGAGUAUCAAUUAACCCCAGAGCGUUUGCCACUUCUGCACGAGCUCCUGCAGGAUGAGAAGCUUACUACGAAUAUCGGUUGGGACCUGGUGAAGCUGCUGCUUCCCAUGCUCCCCGCAUCUACAGACUGCCUCCAAGAUGUUGCGCGACUUGGAAAUCCCCGGGAAGUCAUCUUGCGUGUUUCAGAGUCUCUGAUGCAACUCCAGCCCGAAGAUGAAGAUGAAGACGAGGAAGAGGCGACUGAUGGGGGACUGGCCCUACACAUCUUACAGUUCAAUUGUCUUCUCGGAAUGCUCUCGACACUUCAUACACGCAUCCAGACCAAGGCCCCUAGUCGAUUUAUCGCCACGUCUCUUCAAGCAGCUCUUGAGGCAUACACAUCGAUGCCGACCAACGAGACCACUCUCGCCUUCCUCCAGUUCCUCCAUGCGGUCUCCCCGUCAAAACGGCCGGCACCUCCUCCACGCGCCGCCAGCGAAUCAAGUGUUCUUAAGGUUGCCGCAGCGUCAGCGCCGGACCCCGAGGCGGAGGUUGCUUCGCCCUCGCCCUAUGCCGAUAACGAAACUCUUCUUGUUCGGAAAUUCACACAAUUUGGUCUGCUUGAGUUGCUCAAGUCAUAUCUCUUGAGCUUCUCUGGCCCCGUCGACCCGGGUAUGUCGUGGACCAUUCGCAUGCAGGAGCAUCUGCAUCCCGACCUGCGGCUACCCACUCAGUCCCGGAGUGAUGCAUAUGGAUCUACCAAGGAGCUCAAGGAGCGUGAUAUGAUCAUGGGCAAGCUGGUGGCUUUAUCACGGGAUUUUGGCAUUGAUAGUAAUCAGCUCCUGUCAAUAAUUUCCCAAUCACCCACAGAUCAACCUGCGCAGCUCGACUUCGAGGAGCCACCGAAAAAUCCCGACGAGAUUCCACUGGAGCGCCAUGGUUCGCUCCUCCUACUGGCAGCCCGGGCUGCAGGAUCUACCUUGUUCGCCUCGGGGCAGCCAUUGCCCGACCUGCCCGUGUUCCCCAACCUAGCACAAAUCUUCAGCUACUUUGUCGGUGGCCACACAAGCCUAGAUGAAAUUGCAUUUGGUCAGCCGCACGCACUCCUCGACUCCCUCAUGGCCAUCACGGUCUACGCUUUGCAACAGCCCAUCGAGGCCACGCCCAGCGAAACCGAGUUCAAGGAGUACGUGGUGAUCCUAACUGCGUGCACCGCCCGCCAGAGUCAUGGUAUCGUCCGCCAAAUUCCGGCUACUGUUUUCCAAAGCCAUCCAUCAUCGGAAACCAGAUUCAAGCUCAUCUACAAAAUCUUGGAAGAUGAUCGCCUGGUCUCUGCUCGGGACAGUGCCAUUGCAUGGCUGAAGGAUGAAUUGUUGCGCAGCUCCGACCAGUCAUCUGAAAAUGUCUUCCAAGACCCGCUCUACUUCUGGGCUCUCUUCCCACAUCUCUUCUCCUCGGUUACCGCGUCAAGCUCAGCGCCAAGUAUUGUCGCAACUUGGACCCGUCUCACCCAGACCCAAGGUCCACCACUUCACUCCGCGCUGAGUCUUUAUUAUCUGCUGCUUUCUUCGCCUGUUCUACGAGAGAAGCUUCAGCUCGAAAAGACCGUCAAGUUCUUCCGUAGCCAGGCUUUGGAACCUCUUCGGCAGGUGUUCCAUAGCUUUGAGUCUGAUCUCGCUUCAAAAGGAGGUGAGGGUGUCAUUGAAGCUGCAGUCGGCGAGGAGAUGUGCCAAGUCGGUAAUGCACGCUCUGUUGGGCUCAUUGGUCUUACUCUAGAUCAGAUUGAGGAGGUCAUCAGUGAUGCCUUUGGUUCAGAUGAAGCGGAUCUCAGUGACUAUUCCGAGGCCGACCAGGCUAAGAUUCUGAACAUCCAGAAGCGUAUGGAUGUCUGGAAUUAA